AUGGAAGCGUUUGCCGAAGGGCGUGUGGAACAGCGACUCCAAGCCGCCUUGGAACGGGUUCGAGUCAUAUUGGAUGCAACCAAAGAUCCACAAGCAGCUGGCGACGUGCACCAUCAGUACGAAGAUAAGUACUUGCUGGUGGAGGGUGUGACCAAUGCAGCAGUUGCAUCGCAACUGAACUCGUUUAGUGCCCUGGGCCUGACCAUGCAGCAUGUGCAGAAGCUUCAAGAAUGGUCCAAAGACAAAGUCGUGUCGUUUCAAUUCAAUGCCGAGGAGGCAUGCAGUUACCUCCGAGAGGAAACUCGGGAAGAAGAAGAUCCGACAAGGCACGCCGAAGAGGUUUCAGUUCGCGGUGCGUUGCAGGCCGCAUUCACAAGCAAGGUGGUGACGAGGAUAACAGAGUACUUCUGGAAGUUCGAGGCAAAGUAUGAACUGGUGGCAAUCAGAGGAGUUGGCGAAAGUGCUGAUGACCGGCUGUGCUUGGUGACACGUACAGGGCAAGCAGAACUGAUAACGUCGGCGAAGCAAUCCCCGCGCCCAGAGGUGAAGAAGCCAGCCGCCAAACUGCAGGUGAAUGCGAACUGGCUCUUCCGCAAUUUAAAGAACGACAAAGCUGUGCCUGGCUUCACCGUGGACCGGCUGGCCAAACACUGCAAAACUCCGCGACGCAACGAAGAUGUUCAAAAGGCAUACAACCACUGCGAGCGCGUUGCCGUUUUCGCAAAGCAGGUGUCCACCUACCUCUCGGGACUCUUCCAAGUACAGACUGCUGCGAAGAAGUCCCUUGACCUCGGGGCACUCCGAGAUGACAGCAUUUUCAGCCCUGUUCUUCCAGUUAUGGUCCAGAACUCACAGGAGGCAAUCGAAGAUCUGGGUCCUGCCAGCGAGAGCAUCGUCCUUGUGGAGGCGGUCCGUGAGGAGGCUCAAAGCAACGUGCAGCUUACGGUCCAGGACUCUAAUCGGUUGCUUCAGGAAGAAGUGCGGAGUCUGAAAGGGAAGCAGACCGACCUUGCAGAGGCCUUCCCAGAAGAGGGCCUCGCGACUAGGGCAGAGGCCUUUGCAGUCGUCACUUUGCAGCAUGUCGCCCGGGUGUGUUCCAGCUGGGCUGAUGCAGUCGGCUACGUAGAGGACAUGCUCCGCAAGCAGUUGGCUGCCGCCAUCGGGAAGGAGGUUUCCCCUGGAGAUUUUGCCGCCUACAUGAGGUUUCAUUAUCGCAAACUCUUUCACGAGGCAUUCCUGCCGAAACCUCUCUGCUUCUCUGUGCGCCGUUCUGACACACACAGCCCGGAGGGAACAGUGAGUAUCGAGGAGGCAGUGGUUGGGCCUGGUGGCGACUCCAACAUCAACAGUCCCAUCGUCACCAUGGUGGCCAGCACCGCUGAGUCAGCUCCCAUGACCUUUCCGCUCAAUGCUUCGACGAACGUGACUUUUGCUGGGGAGAGGCACCUUCACGCCUGGCUCUCGCACCAGUUCUCGGGACAGUCGGGUUGUGAGCUGUCGUUGGUUGCGCGUGCAAGGCAGUUCAGCUCAAUGCUGGUUCUGAUCGGACGGGUCUCGUCUGCAACCAGCUUUGACCCGAAAUAUGCCGCCAUCAUCCAGAACAAGGAUGAGCUGACCAUACCCUUGAAUCUGUCGACGAUUCCAUCCCCAAAGGAAUUCAAAGACGCCAUUGAGUCUCUUUCACCAGAACAGCAAGCCUUCGCGAAAGCCUUCCGCGCGAUGCAGCUCGAGUCGACCUUGUUUGGGGUGCUGGUGGUGCAGAUUAAGCCACAGCUGGAGCAAGUGCUGAAUCUGGCAGACGACAGUUUGACGAAGGAGAUCAAGCUGACACAGGAUUUGAUGCAGCUUUUCAUCAAGUAUCAGAUCCCUAGUGACUUGCUCUCUUUCGAUGCCACCUCGGGCGAGGCGGAGAUCUUGAAUCCCACAGCAGCCGAGAGGUUGGAGCGCGUGAAGGGGCACGUACAGGCGAUGCAUGAGAUGCUAGCCCAGGCCAAGCAAGAGGAUCUCCAGGAGCGAGAGAGGGAGGUUCUCUACCACCUUCCUUUCGCAAACUUUGAAAGAGGAAGCAGGAAAGACUUUGAGAGACAAGGCGGGCGCGCGAUGGUCAGGGAGACACUCCAGCUUUCAGCUGCUUCGGUGAAUCAAAGCGCUCCCAUCAUGUGCGGCGCUGCAGCGCCCGGCGGUGCACCUCCCGGCGGUGCAGCUCUCGGCGGUGCACCUUGGGGUGCGCCGAGCAUGCCGGUGCCAUCUCCACCCCCCUGUGCAUCUCCGGCUCGGGCCGCUGCGGCCCCCGCACCACAGCCUCAGCCGCCGCAGCAGCCGCCGCAGCCAGCGCAGCCUACUCAGAGGUUGCCCGACGAAGCCAGCUCGGUCGGGGCCAGCUCAGGCACCCGGGACUACACGCAGGUGCCAGUUGAAAUGGACCAACGCUUCGAGAAGCUGGACACCGAUAAUUCCCUUCGGCCCACCAUCAUCAACCCGGGAGAGCGGUGGACAAAGCGGUCUCAGAAGGCACUGUUGGCCAGCCCUUCCACGUCCCAUUUGUCCAAGGCGGAGCAGAAGACGGAAAGAGAGGCUGCUUUCGACCUCCUCGAUGCCCUCACGAAGUCAGGGGCGCUGCCCUUGACGCAUGCGAGCCUGCAUGUGGUCAUAGCAGCCACGCACUGCUUCGACAAGACCGUCACGGAGACUGUCAUCCAGAACAACAUCAAUCCCAUUGCGAAAGUUGAGCGAUCCUCACUCAUCAUGGCCUCCACAGUGCACCAGAAGCCGGUGCCAGACUUAAUCAAAGAUGAGCAAGUCCAGAGAGUGACGGACAACUCCCCACAGCUCUUCCUGAAAGAUGCUCGCUGA